AUUUACUGAUAUGGCCCAGUUAGUCUGUGGUUGGGAGACCCAUGUGUGCAGGGCAUUACUCCCGACCUUUGAAAUUUGUAGUCCGGAUCGCUCAACCCUGGCUCCCUCAGCUCCAUUAGGUGUCCGCGCGCUGUCACCACGACAAAGCCAGAGCAUUUGUUAAGUGUCGCUAGCCUUUAGAAAACGCUAACGAGAGCUAAUGUGGCAGAGCCACAGCUGCCCUCGAGACACGAGUCAGGGGUGGGGCGAGCGCACAACUCCCCCCCCCAAUCAAUUAGUCAAUCAAUUAAACAGGGUCCUGCCCGCUCUAGCCGGCCCGCAGAGGCAGUAGAUUAGCCCACCAUAAUGAUCAAAUUAAUUCUUAAACGGAGAUAAUGGACGUGGAAUGAGUUUAUUAUUUUCAAGAAAAAUGAGAUAGGAUCCAUUAUUAGUUCCUAGACUGUGUGUUGGAUUAUUUGACCAAUUUGCCAUUUAUAGCACACGACUAGUGGAAUUUAAAACGACUGUUUAAUAAGAUAUAUGAUUUUGAACUAAACCAUGUAUUCAGAUGGCUUGUGAUUAUGAGGCUGGUUUAUUGUUGGUUAUUGAUGUGCACAUGAACUUGAGAACUAGGCGUGUACUUGAGAUGCCUAGAACUCAUGAACAAAGAGCACCUCUGUGGAUCAGCAGCAUGCUUGUACGUUUGUGUGAUGAUCAGUCUACAGUAAAAUCGGUUUAAAAAGUGCUUCUGGAUCUCUGAAUUGCAUGGACAACUGUUGUGAUCAUCUUAAACGUCUUUUGAACCAGACAAAAAGUUAUGGAAUUGUUACAUUUUUAAUUAUAGGCCUAGAAAACAUAGGCCUGUUUCAUGGGCUUCCAAUACAAGUCAAAAUCUGAACAUCAAUAAAUGAAUAUAAAAUUAAGCUCGUUAUCCUGUAAACAGAAAAAUAUUAUGUCGAUAUAAGGGAACAGGAAAUUACUGAAAUUACAAGCAAUAAUAAUCACAAUUUAUCAAAGUGGAAAACCAGAGGCACGUACAUGACAAUGAAUAAUUAUCCAUCACGUAGUUCACAGAAAGCUAUUAAAAUCUUGGUUGUGAUUUCUCGUUACAGUGAUAUUCUGCAGGCAAACGUCCGUCAAGUUGUUAAGUUGUGGAGGAAAAAAGACAAAAUAAUGUUGACCAUACAGCUAGACGGUUACAUUGUAAAGCAUUUUGGGGUAAAUUUAUAUCAGAUAAAUGGCAUAUAUUGUUAACAAUAAUAUUAAUAUAACAACCUAUUUGAGCCCUUGAUGUUAAAUAUGUUUGUUACUGCAAAAAGUACUGAUAAGGCCAUAUGAUGAAACUAAAUAACCUAAAAUGCCAAAUAAACCACUUUAAUGUUCAUGACUAAUAACAGGCAUAAAAAGUAACUGGUUCUUUAAAAAAGUAACUAAACAAAUGCGAUGAUUUGUCAAGGGAAUUCUGAGAAUGCCCCUUUCCCCAUUAACUAAAUAAGGUACUUUUUUUUCUUUUUACAAAAUUAACAAAAUCUAGAGUAAAUUUAUUGCCUUGUUAAAUAGAAUAUAAAUGCGUAAAUUAAAAAGUAAUUCACACUUUUUACAUAUAUUGUUUAUAAUAUUUUACAGUAAAAUUGUCUAUAAAACAUACUGUUUACCAUGUACGGAAAGGUAACUUACGGUUAGCCAAAUAACAGGUCUGGACAUUUUACAUUCUUUUCCCCUUUAAAAUUUUUUCUUUUUGCAGUGUAGCCUAAUGUUUUGCAGCAAGUUAAUCUCCAUCGAGGAACUCAACUAUUAUAAAAUUUGAAAUUUCCGGGCGCGCUUUGAGCGCGUGAUUGGCCAGCGCCGGUCUUACCUACAUGCAAAUGAGGGCACGUUCCACCCGCCUUGAGACCAGAGCGCGUGGAAGUGGAGAGGAAUGCAUUCGAACACUUUUGAGCCCACGAAAAACAAGUUUUUUUUAACGUCCCAUCAGCUCUAACGAACCAUUUUCAAAUUUGAAGAAAAACACUCUCUAUGUGUAGCGGAACUUAUUGGUGCGUUGACAUUUUAUCAUUUUAGCACAUUUUUGAACUGUUAUGAGGCGAGAAUGAAUAACUCGGAGGACAGCGGAAGCAAGUGCUCGCCUGCCCCCAUUUCAAGCUUCACGAUCCAGUCCAUUCUCGGUACCUCCAACGAGGGAGUCCGGUCAGCAGGAAAGGACAGUCCCAAAUCCCAGCCGAGGAAGCGGACGUUGUCCGUGUCGUCAGAGGACGACUGCAGCGCCGGAGAGGACUCGGGCGACUGCUACUGCUCUGAGUCCGGUGUACCAGAGUCCUGCAACCCGCACCAGCCUCUGAACUUCUCCUGCCUCGGUGCCACAAAGGGACUUCUACCUGUGCAGGAUGGGAUCGACCGCCGGCCGCAUUUGACACCAUCCAUACUACCGGAUUACAAAGAGGAGCAGGAGCGAGCGUGUAGCCAAAUGUCUCCCGUUUCUGAAGAGAGACAACGUGACGGUCCGGACAAACAGAGCAGUUCCGCCAAGAAGAAGACGCGCACCGUUUUCUCUCGGAGUCAGGUUUAUCAGCUCGAAUCCACAUUCGACAUGAAACGCUAUUUGAGCAGCUCCGAGAGAGCCUGUCUCGCCUCCAGCCUGCAGUUAACGGAGACACAAGUGAAAACGUGGUUUCAGAACCGGCGGAACAAAUGGAAACGGCAGCUCUCUGCGGAACUGGAAGCUGCGAACAUGGCGCACGCAUCGGCGCAGACUUUGGUUGGGAUGCCCCUCGUUUUCAGAGAAAAUUCGUUGCUCCGAGUGCCGGUUCCGAGGUCCAUCGCUUUUCCAACCCCACUGUAUUACCCUGGAAGUAAUUUACCAGCUUUACCAUUAUACAAUCUUUACAAUAAGAUUGAAUAUUAACUUUUGCGCACAACGAAAAUUCUUUGCUAAAGGAUGACUAUUACACACUAAAACGUACAAAUACACAUUUAAGUAUGUUUGACAAAAUUCAUGUCUAUUUAUACCUCUUUAUUUGGUGAAAAAAUAUAUUUCUUAUUAUGCAGCAAUUAAACGAGUCUAUGUGUAAAACACAAAAGCAACACGGUUCUGUACAUGUCCUAUAAAAUACACCAUGUGUAUAAUAAUUAUUUUGUACUUUUAUUUACAUUUCUGUCCCCAGUUUAACCAGUUUUACACAUUACGAGGAGUGAAAACUAAAUAAAAGUGUAAUCAUUCGAUUCCUGUCUCUAAAAUGAAAACAUCUGAGAUUAGGAAAGAACACUCAUUAACAACAACAACAAUAAUAAUGAUGAUGACGAUAAUAAUAAUAAUGUUUUAUUAUAUUGUAUUUAAUAUUUAUUUUAAAUUGAUGUCUAUAAAAUACACAAUGAAUUACCAGCUUAACAAAUGA